AUGUGGGAUGUCCUGAUAUGCUGGCCGAUCGUCCUCCCUCAGCAUGAUCCCAUGCUGGCCGACUUGUUCGCGUUUGUCUCCACACAUGCCACACAUGUUUGCCUGGAAGGUGGGAGGACAAGGCAUGUGCAUGUCUUUUUGGAAGACAACCUCCAGCCCUGCCUAGCCUGCUCUCCCCCUCCCGGCUUCACUCUGUACCCCCAUGUUUGUCCAGAUGGCCUGGUCUGUGGGUACGCGGUAGCUGUCCCACAGACCGUCUGCUCGGUGUCCUGCCAUGACCGGACGUGUGAGCGGAAGACGCUGGCCCGAGGGGAUCCCAACAACCGAUCGGAAGCGCACAUGCACAGGGAUUGA